GGAAGCUCGGAGCUAAUGCUAUACUUGGUGUGUCGAUGGCUGUUUGUAGAGCAGCAGCAGCAGAAAAGGAAGUACCUCUCUACCGGCACAUUGCUGACAUUUCUGGCACAAAGCAGUUGUUUCUUCCAUGCCCAGCCUUCAAUGUCAUCAAUGGAGGAAGCCAUGCAGGCAAUAAGUUAGCCAUGCAGGAGUUCAUGCUGCUUCCAACAGGAGCCAGUUCCUUCUCAGACGCCAUGAGGAUUGGGUCGGAAGUAUAUCACAACCUGAAAGCUGUAAUUAAAAAGAAAUAUGGCCAGGAUGCCUGUAAUGUGGGAGAUGAAGGUGGCUUUGCACCAAACAUCCAAGAUAAUCAAGAAGGUCUUGAGCUUUUGAAAGAGGCCAUAGAAAAAGCUGGCUACACUGGAAAAGUGGAGAUUGGCAUGGAUGUGGCAGCGUCAGAGUUUCACAAGGAAGGAAAAUAUGAUCUGGAUUUCAAAAACAAGGAUUCUGAUCCAUCAAAAUGGCUAACGUCUGACCAGCUGGCUGAUUUGUAUAAAGGGUUUGUGCAGAACUAUCCUGUGGUCAGCAUCGAAGACCCCUUUGAUCAAGAUGACUGGGAUGCUUAUGUUAAGUUCACAGCCAGCACGCGGAUCCAGGUUGUGGGGGAUGAUCUGCUGGUGACUAACCCCAAAAGAGUUCAGAAAGGGAUUGAUGAAAAGGGCUGUAAUGCUCUGCUACUGAAAGUCAACCAGAUUGGAACUGUAACUGAGGCUAUCGAUGCCUGCAAGAUGGCACAGACGGCAGGCUGGGGGGUGAUGGUCUCCCAUCGCAGCGGUGAAACCGAGGAUACUUUUAUUGCUGAUUUAGUUGUGGGAUUGGCCACUGGGCAGAUCAAGACUGGAGCCCCAUGCCGCUCAGAACGACUAGCCAAAUACAACCAGCUGUUGAGAAUCGAGGAAGAGUUGGGACCUGCCGCUAAAUUUGCGGGGAAAAACUUUAAAAAUCCCCAGUAA